AUGAGUCCUCUUCCGGUGCACAGAUACAAAAGACAUGUGUUUUCUUGCUCUCUUUUAGAUUGGGGGCGUCUGUUCAAGAGCCGCGAGCCUUCCUCGAAGCAGGUUAUUUAUGAGGAGUCGCCUGAAGCAGUGGUAGCGGGAAGAAGCCAUCCCCGGCACAGCCCCGACCGCCCCGCACCGAGCCAGGACUGCGACCGUGAGGCCUGGCGCCAGAGCCGCCUUGGGGCCCGGGGGGCCCACCCCCGGCAGCUGCUCUUGGCUCAUGGGGAGCGCCUCGCCGGAGACCCGAGCAGCGAGUCUGGCAGAUCUUGGCCAGCCUUCCCCCGGGAUGCCACGUGCGAUAGAAAGCAGAGUCUCCCCACCAAAGAAAGCCUACGUAAGCGAGAGCCACAGAAGAGAAGCUACCGGAAGAAGGCUGCCGAGGUGAGGCGUAAGAAAGUCUGCGUGGAGAAGAAGCUCCUGAAGUGUGGCGACUGCGAGAAGGUCUUCCGCCAGAGCUCCUCGCUCACGCUCCACCAGCGGAUCCACACCGGGGAGAAGCCCUACGCCUGCGUGGAGUGCGGCAAGGCCUUCAGCCAGAGCGCCAACCUGGCGCAGCACCGGCGCAUCCACACGGGCGAGCGGCCGUACGCCUGUGAGGACUGCAGCAAGGCCUUCAGCCAGAACGCGCACCUGGCGCAGCACCGGCGGGUGCACACGGGCGAGAAGCCCUACCAGUGUGAGGACUGCAGCAAGGCCUUCAGCCAGAUCGCGCACCUGACGCAGCACCGGCGGGUGCACACCGGCGAGCGGCCCUUCGAGUGCGUCGAGUGCGGCAAGGCCUUCAGCAACGGCUCCUUUCUCGCGCAGCACCAGCGGAUCCACACCGGGGAGAAGCCCUACGCCUGCGGCAUGUGCGGCAAGGCCUUCAGCCACCGCGGGUACCUCAUCGUGCACCAGCGGAUCCACACGGGCGAGCGGCCGUACGCCUGCGGCGAGUGCGGCAAGGCCUUCAGCCAGUACGCGCACCUGGCGCAGCACCAGCGCGUGCACACGGGCGAGAAGCCCUACGCGUGUAAGGUGUGCGGCAAGGCCUUCGGCCAGAUCGCGUACCUGGACCAGCACCAGCGGGUGCACACCGGGGAGAAGCCCUACGCCUGCGUCGAGUGCGGCAAGGCCUUCAGCAACAGCUCGUCGCUCGCGCAGCACCAGAGGAGCCACACCGGGGAGAAGCCCUACGUGUGCAAGGAGUGCAGGAAGACCUUCAGCCAGAACGCGGGCCUCGCGCAGCACCGGCGCAUCCACACCGGGGAGAAGCCCUACGCCUGCGGCGUGUGCGGCAAGGCCUUCAGCUACAGCGGCUCCCUCACGCUGCACCAGCGGAUCCACACCGGGGAGCGGCCCUACGCCUGCAAGGGCUGCAGCAAGGCCUUCCGGCAGCGCGCGCACCUCGCCCACCACGAGCGCACCCACAGCGCGGAGCGUCCCUUCGCGUGCGGGGACUGUCCCAAGAGCUUCCGGUACCAGUCCCAGCUGGUGAUCCACCGGCGCUCGCACACGGGCGAGCGCCCCUACCGGUGCCCGAGCUGCCCCAAGGGCUUCAUGCAGGCCUCGGACCUGCGCGUGCACCUGCGCAUCCACGCGGGGCUGCGGCCCUUCGCCUGCGAGGCCUGCGGCGCGCGCUUCGCCCACCAGUCCACCCUGCAGUGCCACCGCCGGACGCACACGCGCGCCCGCCCCUUCGCCUGCGCGGACUGCGGCGCGCGCUUCAGCCACAAGGGCAACCUGAACGUGCACCGGCGCACGCACUCGGGGGCGCGGCCCUACCGCUGCGGGGCCUGCGGCGCCGCCUUCCGCCAGCUGGGGACGUUCAGCCGGCACCAGAGGACGCACCUGAGCAGGUCCCUGGGAGGCGCGCUGGGGCUGCCCCCACCCACCGUGCACCGACCCACCUGCUCCCGCUCCCAAGUUCUUCAUGCAGGGGCUCGGGUCUUUCCCCGGCUGCAGACCCCCGAGCGCCGCAGUUCUAACGCCCACCUCCCCAGCACCCGCGCCAUCACCGAAGCCCCCCGGGCGCUCCCGCCACCGCCACCGUGUUGA